CUGAAGCAAGAGUCUGAGGAAGAGAUUUUGAAGCCAUUAUAGAUUAAACUAAUUACUGUUAGGCUAUAUAUGCUUUAACAUAAGCGCUGUAAUGUAAGGCGUCAACACCUAAACUCCUUUAUGGUAAGCAUUCAACAAGUUAAAACAUAUUUUUCAAUGAAGAAAGUUGUGUAAAGAAGCUGUAUUUCUGCGGGUGCCUUCAGUCAUGCAGGUUUCGCGGAUUCACGCGGCGCGUAAAAGCGAGUGGCUGAAAAGCGCGCUCUCGCACCACUUCAGCCCGGACCCCUGCGCGGAAAACGAGAUCGUGGUUUUGGCUACCGGCGUGGACCAGUAUCUCCAGGAGGUGUUCCAUCACUUGGCCUUUUACAACGGAGACGAUCUCGUCUCGGAUGAGGACUUUAGGAGUCUGUGUUUGGUUUUGGGCAUCCCCGCGAGCGCGGAGACUGACGGACUUCCUCGCGUGCUUAACUUUAAAGACUUCCACGCGCGACUCUGCGGGUUUUUCUCUUUAAAAGCGUCGGAGGGUGAGACAGGAGCUCGACUGCUGGUCAGCGAGGAGACCGAGCACAUCGAGAGGGAGAUAAGACUCCGCUGUCCGCGCGUCCGGAGGAGAAAGUGCGUCAGUUUCGAUCUGUCCGCCGAGCAGCAGAACCGGAGGAGGACAGUGAGAAGAUCCGGACCCGCUCAGAGUUUGGAUCAUCAACAAACCAACACUACUGUGGAGAUCAAGAGAAGCGUAGUGGAUAUUAGCCCACAGAGACGACUGCAGCAGCAGCUGGAGCUGGAGAACGCCAGUCUGAGAGAGCUGGUGGAGGACCUGCGUUCAGCCCUCCAGAGCAGCGAUGCACGCUGUAUAUCACUGGAGGUGGCAUUACGCCGAAAACACACACCCGGAGGUACCCCAGAGAAACAAGACUGCAAAACCAAAACACAACACCCCAAACACAUGGACUGGGACUCCAGAAGAGGCACUAAAGACCUCCUGCGAGAGCUGGAACUGAUUCGUGCGUCCAGAGACGGGCAGCUGGAGGAGGCCAUGCGCUUUAACCAGAGGCUGGAGGAAGAGCUGAUGGCAGCUUACGGAGAGCUGAGCCGCAUGCAGGAGACGCUGGAGAACGUCAGGAAGGAAAACGCACGGAUUAAGAAGAGGACGGAAGAGGUCAGGGGAGCACUGGCUGCAGGACUGGAGCACGUGAAGACCUUACAAGACCAGGCCAAACAAGCGGAUCUGCUCCGAGAGCGAGUCCAGUGUCUGGAGAAGCAGAUGGAGAAGAUCAGGGCCCAAUGCACCUGCAUGGAGGCGAAUAUGAACAGAUCUGAAAUUGUGGCUGAAUUGCGUGGGUCUGGAUUUCCCUCUUCUAUUGGUCAUGAUGAUCCUAUGAUCAAAAGAGAAGAAGAUUUGCAGAGGUCAGUGGAGGGUCGAGCAGCAUCAGAUGAGGAGGAAGAGGAGCAGGUUAUUGAUAAAGGACAGUGCUGCCACCUGCAGGUCAAACGCCUUAUCAACAGAUUACACAGCUGCACCAAAGGAUGUCAGAAAGCUGCGAUCUGUACCUGGCUGGUGUCUCAGAGCUCGGCUCACAGCAGAGAAGCUGCAGGAUGUGUGUGGAUUCCUCCGGCGGACGACAGGAGAGCUGAAGCAGGACAGAUGAAGCAUAAAGAGGACAGUGUGAGAUCUGCUCUGGAGGACAGGCUGACCGAUGCGCUCACUUUACUGCUGCAGAUUCCACACAAGAGAGUCUCGCGCAGGAUUCUAGGGAAAAUCCUGAUCAACACUCUCGAUCUGUGCACCAGAAGAAGCCACGACGUGACUCCGGUGGAUCAGGUGGUGAACACUCUCUGUCAGCAGCUUCUCUCCUCUGAGCUCUUGGACGGAGGUGAAGAGGUCAGCGCAGGGUCACGACCUUCUGUGUCCCCGGGUCAUCCAAACACAGCCAACCCGCUUCUGAUGUCCUGCUGAGGGCCCAGAUGGCCCGAUCAACACUGUCCGUCAGGGUACAGACUGAAAAAAUAACAUAGUUAAAUGUAGAUGCAGUUACUUGAGAAGCAAAUAUGAGUCCAGAUGUUGAGUCUGUGUUUUUUUAUUUGAUCAUAAUUAUUUUUUUGCCAAAAAUAAGAUGAAAUAUCUGCCAGCAGGGUAAAAUAUUUUAUUACAUUAUAUAUAUAUAUAUAAAUCUUGAUUUAUAAAAAUUUAGAUAUUUAUACUGGAAAACAAGGCAAAGAUAAAAAAAUAAAUAAAUGAAUUAAAAUUUAUAUAUAUUACAUUUAUAUACAUUUGAGGCAUAGAUAUAUACACUAGAUAUUGCAUACACGGACCCUGAGCAUGCAUCAAUAGCGCUGGCACAUUUGUACAGUGCUCCCAGGACAAAAGUCAUUCAACCGCACUAGUCAAGACUAAAGCCAAUGUGAAGAUGCUGGACUUUAGCGCUGCUUACGGGUGUAGUAACGAGCAAACAAAGAAAACAAAGCACAAAAGGCAAAACAUUUCAUAGGUAAGAUUUUGUUUUUUAGGUUUUUUAUGUUACGAACGUUUGCGCUAAUGUAGUGUUAUUGAUGAUAAUAGUCACUUACCACUGAGCGGUACGGUACGGGUAACCUUUAUCAGGCUUGGGUUUCCACUGCUAAAAGGGUACCAAUGGUACCCUUUUGGUCGGCAUGGUGUACGACAGAAUGUUUCAGACUACGUCAUUCUCGCUGGAGAAAUGAUAGAUGUCUACAGUAAAGCUCUACGGGUCGUUCACAUAUCAUAUGAGAAGUAUAUCUCACAAAACUGAUGCUUUACACACAUAAAUACUUGUGUAUAAAUGUUCAUUACUGAACAUGAUUUCAUUAUAACUGCAGAUCAAUGACAGUGCGAAAUAGCCUACUGUAACGUCUGCGAUUUUAUAAAAUAAAUAAAUAAAUGCAGCAUAUAUGAACACAUACAGACCCCUACAGUCUCUGAUAUGUGACCAAUUACAGAAAAACUUCACACAGCAUACAUUAAGUCCUUAUUUGGGUGCAAAAACAACACAAAAUAUAGCCCAUAGUCAGUGCAAACCUCUGAUCUGUAUCUUUAAUCUUCAGCAGCACAUGUAGCCUCUUGUUAGAAAGUAAUUCCGUCAUUCAUAAUAGUGCAAAAGGCAAUUAUAAUAGUUAAACAUGGCAGUUUGUUCAUGUUUUCUGAAAAACUCAUUUGCUGCUCUGUUUUUUUCCGGCUUCUCCUUUGUUUUUUCAUGCUUCACUCUCACGUUUGUUCGUUUCUGAAAGGAUCGCAUGUCAGAAGCGCUUCAAUAAUCACUAGCACGUUAUUAUCAUCAGCUCAAGAAGUUCCUUAUUUCAAAUACAGACGCGCGGUUUCUUGCUUUAGACGGCCUUGUAAACAACUACCGGCACAGGGUAGAUUCUGCUCUUAUUCUUGGCUUUGUGGCUGUUCAUCAAGACGAUGGCAAGAUUUGUUUGAGCUCGGGGCGACCAUGGCUCGUUAUUAUAUGUAUAUAUUAUUAUGAUGUAAUGUCUCAGCUGUGCAUUUAACAUGGCGGUUCUUUUGUUUCAUUCUGGCUUGUGCAAAAGCGUGGGAUGUAAAUCUGUAAACUAAUAGUGUUCAGCUGCGCAUCUAGCUCCGUCUUUUGGUACCUUUUUGCCUGGCUAGGUAUCCUUUGCAAACUCAAAAAGUGGUAUGGUACGGUUCGGUUUUAGGUACCUUUUGACAGUGGAAACGGCCAUAAAAGCAUACUGAACCAAACCGUAGCGUACCGUACCACUCAGUGGAAAUGGGCCUUUACUGCACUGACCAUAAGGCACAGUAGCACCACCUUGCACAAAAUUUUAGGCCUAAGCAAGAGAUUGCAAACAAUGUAAAUGAAAUAUGGCAAUAAGACACUGCGGUAUCAGAAACUUGUAUUAUUGUCACAAAAGUUUUUGAAGUAACUAGUAAUAAGUAAGAAGUAAUAAGGGUGCCUGAUAACAUAACAGUGCCUGAGCCUCAAUGUGCAUACUAUCCACCCUACAUUAUUGAAUAUUACAAAUGUUAUAUACCAUUUAACGUUAGAUCAGAAAGGUGGAUAUUCACAUUGAGACGCUGGGAUAUCGAUGGUUCACCCAAGUCGUUCAUAACGGAGAUUUAUUCACAAACGAAUUGCUCCCUUCGUUAGCAUUAGAAGUGAAAGCAGGCGAGAGGGUGUGUUUCAGGACAUGGAUUAGAUCAAAUUGAACAGGGAGGGAGGAUAAUACAGUUCCAUGCACACAAACAUAUGCUCUUUGUCGGCAAUGCCUGUGCGACCAUUUAUCCAUCGAUAUAGAAAAGAGAUGUAAAAUUAUAAUUUUCUGAAUUUAAAAAGUAUUUGCAUACUGACCACCAGGAAAACUCCCGAUUAUCGAUAUAUGUGUACAUGAUUAUAUAUCUCUGGCUACGGAUGGCCAGUCCUCGACUACACCUUGGUCCCAUAUCAUUUCAAAGGAGCUACCCUGAACUAAAAUGGCGGCUCUAUUGAUGCAUUCCUUCCAAUAAACAACAACAGCGUUGGCGACAUCUAAUGUAAAUAUCUAUGCAUUUGAGGCAGCAGGGGGCAUGGACAAAUCGGGAGGGUAGCCUACAACGUAAGAUCACCUGGAAAAACAUCAAACAGGUAGACUUCCAGCAUUUCCAGGCUGUGUACAAUACACUAACAAGCCCAGCCCACCUUCACGUGUGGGGCAAGAUUGAGACUCCAGCAUGCAAGUUAUGCUCUGUGGAUCAUAACAACACUUAUUGAGCAGCUGUCCAAAGGCCCUGGCGGAAGGGCGCUACCUACCGUUGGCGGCAUGACCAAGUAGCCUACUGAAGGCGGUGGCAGAAAGCAUAUGCAAUGCCAUCAUCUCUGGUAGGUACCAUCUUGCCCCGAAAAAGGAGCUAACUGCAAAGGACAAGGUCGGGCCUCCUCCACUCAGCCCCUGACUGGAAGCUGCAAGUCGACCUGGUGAAGCAGUUAAAGUUCCCACAGCACAGUUACAACAUCACUCCGACCAGACAUAAUUAUCAUUUCUGAGGCAACAAGACAGUUGACGUUACUUGAACUCACAGUGCCCUGGGAAGAGCGGAUGGAAGACUCAAAUGAAAGGGAACACUCAAAGUUCCAGGAGUAGGUAGAGAAGGGAGCUGGAAGACCCACUGUGGCACAAUAGUGGUGGGCUGUAGAGGGUUUGCCGGGCGUUCACUCUGUAAAGUCUUAAACCAACUAGGCCUAGAAGUAGCAGCUAAGAAGACGGCCAUUAAGCCUGUUUGUGAAGCUGCAGAGAAAGCCACAAGAUGGCUAUGGCUAAAGAGGGCUGAUUUGUUGGUGAUGGCUACUGGGACGCAAACUGCGGUGUCUGAUGUUGAAAGACCUGAAACACCCCAGGAAACAUAACUGACGAUUCGUCCCAGUGCAUCUAGAUGAUGUAUAUCCUCCUGAGACCCAAAGAAAAUGCCAACUGAAAUGCAACUGGCCCAGCCUGCCCUCAAACUAGCAACCUUCUUGCUGUGAUGCGACAGUGCUAACCAAUGAACCAUCAUGCCGCCCAAAAUUUAAUUUCUGAGUGAAAAAAAAAAGUUUCUUCCAGUAAGAAUGAUCACUUCAAUACUCAAACAAUUUGCUCACAUAUAACGCAUCCUCCUGAAAUCGUUCAUGUUUCAUCGUUUACAUUGAGGGCAUCAUAAGACGCUUUAGACUUACUGUAUGUGCAUAUAAACUGUAACUUCUCCACAAAGCACUUACUAUGUGUGAAUGAUUUUACUUUCAUGACCCUCUUACGAAACAUAUUUAUACUAUGAAAUAACAUCUGUUAUAUUUGACAAGAUAAUAAAGCUUUUUCAGAAAACA